CUGUCUCUCAAAGUUGGGAGUGCAGGUCACUGUUGAUAAACUAAACGAAGCUGUCCACCAUCUCUGAUCCAAGAAUUCAGAGAGAAGAUUUGAAUCCAAUGGAAACUGAGACCUUCAUUAGACCCAACAAAUCAAAGAGGAAGCAAAGAUCUCCACUUUUAAUCUUCCUUUUUCUCUUCACUCUAAUUUUCCUCUUCUACUACUUCAAAAACUUCAUUUCCCCUUCUCUUCUUCCCCUUCCCCAAAAAUCAAAAAUACCCAUUAUACCCCGCCCCUCGCAAUGCAACCCCACAAAUCGCCUGCAGGGAAAGUUCCUGUGGUACGCACCUCACAGUGGUUUCAGUAAUCAGUUGGCUGAGUUCAAGAACGCUAUUUUGAUGGCUAAGAUCCUUAAUCGAACCCUAAUUGUGCCUCCCGUAUUGGAUCAUCAUGCUGUUGCGCUUGGUAGUUGUCCUAAAUUUAGGGUUUUGAACCCUAUUGAGUUGAGAUACGCUGUUUGGAAUCAUAGUAUCCAUCUAUUGCGUGAUUGCAGAUAUGUGUCCAUGGCUGAUAUAGUUGACAUUUCACCACUUGUGUCUUAUUCAACAGUGAGAUUUAUUGAUUUUCGAGCUUUUGUGUCUUUGUGGUGUGGUGUAAACUUUGAUGAUAUUUGCUCUAAAGACCAAACUAUUCCAUAUCCUUUAUCUGAGAGACUUAGAGAAUGCGGUUCUCUGUUGUCUGGUUAUUAUGGUAGUAUAAGUGAUUGUUUGACUGCUUUAGAAGAUGACUGUAGAAUGACAGUUUGGACAUAUCAAAACGAUGUCGAGGACGGGGCAUUAGACUCCUUUCAACCGGAUGAACAACUUAAGAAGAAAAAGAAGAUUUCAUUUAUUAGGAGAAGAAAAGAUGUAUAUAAGGCUCUUGGUCCUGGUUCUGCAGCAGAAUCAGCCACUAUUUUGGCGUUUGGAAGCCUUUUUACUGCUCCUUAUAAGGGAUCUGAAUCCCAUAUCGACAUUCAUGAAUCUCCUAAUGAUCCUGUGAUACAGACCUUAAUCGAAAAGAUAGAGUUCCUCCCCUUUGUUCCUGAAAUAGUAAAUGCUGGCAAGAAGUUUGCUCUUCAAACUAUCAAGGGUCCCUUUCUUUGUGCACAGCUCAGGCUACUAGAUGGGCAAUUCAAGAACCACCACAAAGCUACCUUUCUUGGUCUGCAGCAGAAGCUAGAAUCUUUGAAGCAAACUGGACAGAAACCGAUCCAUGUAUUUGUUAUGACUGAUCUUCCCAUGGCUAAUUGGACGGGAAGUUACUUGGGGAGCAUAGCAAAAGAUUCAGAUGCCUUUAAGUUGUUUGUUAUUAGAGAAGAAGAUGACUUGGUUCAAGAAACGGUUAAAGAAGUCAUGGCUGCAGGGCAUGGGCUAAAACUUGGUUCAAUUUUACCGAGUUCAGCAGGGACUAACAACCGUCACCAUCCUCAAUCUUUAACUGAUGUUCUCCUAUACAUAGAGGAAACAGUCUGCAGCUGCGCUUCUCUUGGUUUUGUUGGCACUGCUGGGUCAACAAUUGCCGAGAGCAUAGAAUUAAUGAGAAAACAUGGCAUUUGUUCUGGCUAAAAUGCUGCUAUUGCUGUUGGCUUCAACCUAACUAAUGCUAUUUUCCCAGCUUUGUGGUCUCCCCUUUAGCAGCUAGAAUCCACUUAUCACCUGAAAUUCUCCCUUAUGCCUGUCUAAACAAACUUGAAAUUGCAAAUUAACAAUGUCCUAUUUGAAUUCAAAGUUGACGAGGCUGACAAAUCUGAAGGAUAUUAGUGAUCCAUACUACUGGAAAAGGGACUAGUGGAUGAAGAAUCUGCACAGCUUGUUUCAAGGGAUUGGAAGCACUGGUGGGUGAAUAUUUUUGUGCAAAGGUUCUAUUCUUCAAAUUUACAAUGGUAACACUUAUUUGAUUUAAGGAGGUAAUUGUAUGUUCAAAUGCAAGUCCAUAUUUGGAUACAAGGUCAACAACCUUCAAGUUGGCGUCUUUGUUGAUCUCCUGACAUUUAAUGACCUAUACAUUAGCAAAGAAGAACCAUGUAGAUCAGUUGAAAUGUACAGAUUGUUUAUUUAUCUGUUAGAAAUUGCUUCCCCUUCCUGAA